UUUUUUUCAUGUUUCUUGGAGUCAGUCGGCAACACUAGAUCCUUGAACAAUCAUCAUCAUGGCAAGCCCGACCAUCACGCUGCGCACAGGCCGCAAGAUGCCCCAGGUGGGCCUGGGUACCUGGAAGGCUGGUCCUGGCGUUGUGGCCAAGGCGGUGGAGACAGCCCUUCGUGCUGGUUAUCGCCAUCUGGAUUGCGCUUGCGACUACGGAAAUGAGACCGAGGUUGGCCAGGGUAUCAAGGCUGCCAUUGAUGCCGGCGUGUGCCAACGCGAGGACAUCUUUGUCACCAGCAAGCUCUGGAACACUUUCCAUCGCAAGGAGCAUGUGCGCCCUGCCUGCGAGCGCACCCUGAAGGACCUGGGUCUGGACUACGUCGACCUGUACCUGAUCCACUUCCCCAUCUCGCUCAAGUAUGUUCCCUUUGAGAAGCGCUAUCCUCCCGAGUGGUUCCACGACCUCGAUGCGGCCAGCCCUAAGAUGGAGCUGGACCCGGUCCCCAUCAGCGAGACUUGGGCCGCCAUGGAGGAGCUUGUUGAUGCCGGUCUGGCCAAGGACAUUGGUAUUUCCAACUUCAACUGCCAGCUUAUGACCGACCUUCUCUCCUACGCUCGCAUCAAGCCUGCCGUCAACCAAGUUGAAUUGCAUCCCUACUUGACCCAAGAGACGCUCGUCCGCUUUUGCAAAGAGAACGAUGUGGUGGUCACCGGCUACAGUCCCCUUGGUGCAGGCUCCUACGUGUCCAUCAACUCGGCCAAGGAAGAAGAAUCGGUUCUCACCAAUCCCAUUGUGACGGCCAUCGCGGAGCGUGUCAAGCGUACACCAGCCCAGGUGUGCUUGCGCUGGGCUGUUCAGCGCGGCUACACCAUUGUGCCAAAGUCGAGCCAAGAGUCUCGGCUGAAGGAGAACCUGAACCUGUUUGACUUUGAGCUGGCCGACGACGAGAUGAAGGCCAUCUCCAGCCUCAACUGCAACCGCCGCUUCAACAACCCGGACGUGUUUUGUGAGCUGGCCUUCAAGCAGUUCUGCCCCAUUCACAGUUAAGCGACUCCGAUCAGGGCGCCAGUGUGCCUGAUGCCAAGGCCGGCAGUUGUUUGCAGAAUUCAAAGCUAGUGCC